AUGCGAUUGAGAAAUGAUAGAGGUGCUAGGAAUCGAAUAAAUAGGACUGCAGAGUUGCGUUCGUCUUUUGUAACUAGUUUGUUGGACAAUGAUGUUAACUGUAUUAGUCAACUUAGGAUGGAUAGGAGAACAUUUGGUAUUUUAUGUCAGUUAUUACGCCAUGAUGGAUAUGUUAAAAGAGAUGUUAGUAGAUAUUUCAAUUCAGUGUUGAAUGGAGUGUUACGUUUACAUGGGACAUUGUUGAGGCAUUCUGAACCUGUGUCAGAUAAUUGUUCGGAUGAUAGAUGGAAAAUAUUUAAGAAUUGUUUGGGAGCAUUAGAUGGAACUUAUAUUAAGGUUAAUGUACCCGAAAUCGAUAAGCCGAGAUAUCGAACCAGGAAGGGUGAGAUAGCCACAAAUGUCUUAGGUGUAUGUAACCCAAAUAUGGAAUUCAUAUUUGUAUUACCUGGUUGGGAAGGUUCCGCUUCAGACUCAAGAGUACUUCGAGAUGCAUUAAGUAGGCCAAAUGGAUUAAAAGUACCCACCGGUUAUUAUUAUUUAGUGGAUGCUGGUUACACUAAUGGUGAAGGAUUUCUUGCACCAUAUAGGGGAACAAGAUAUCACCUUUCCGAAUGGAGAGAUGGUUGUGCACCUGCAAAUCAUGAAGAGUAUUUCAAUAUGAAGCAUGCAUCUGCUAGAAAUAUAAUAGAAAGAUGUUUUGGGGUUCUAAAAAUGCGAUGGGCAAUUUUAAGAAGUCCAUCGUUCUAUCCAAUUUCAAUCCAAAUUAAGAUAAUUACUGCAUGUUGUUUGAUACAUAAUCUUAUUAGGAGAGAAAUGGCACUUGAUCCUGGAGAAGCUGAAUUUGAUAUGAGUAACGAUGCUGACAUAAGUGGGGAUGAAGAUAUUAUAGGGUCAAUUGGUUCUUCGGAUCAAUGGACUAAUUGGAGAAAUGAGUUAGCUAGGCAUAUGUUUGAUGAGUGGAGAAGUCGUCGUGGUUAAUAGUUGAUUGUUAUGAUUUAUAUAAUUUUGUAACUGUUUAAUUUUAUGGUGUUUGUUACAUCUUUUGUAUGAAGACUAAAUUAUAUUAAAUAUAACAUAUGAGAUUUUUAUUAUUUGUUAUUAAA